GCGACGAAACAAUACUUGCCUGAUUUAAACGAUUAUAAGUUUUGUUAAGGAAAAACUGUGAUCAGCUUCAAAUUAUUUUCAAAUUCCGCGUAAUCUCCAAGAUGUCACACAAUGGAACUUUGGAUGAACAUUAUCAGACCGUGAGGGAAUUUUACGAUGGUAAAUCCGUUUUUAUUACAGGAGCGACCGGAUUCCUUGGAAAGGCGUACGUUGAGAAACUUGCGUAUUCGUGUCCGGGCAUAGUAAGCAUUUACAUUUUGAUUCGAGACAAGAAAGGGUCGAACACUGAAGAGCGAAUGAGAAAAUAUCUUGAUCAGCCCAUUUUUUCACGAAUAAAAUACGAACAUCCAGAAUAUUUCAAAAAAAUCAUUCCCAUCUCUGGUGAUAUCACCGCACCCAAACUAGGAUUGUGCGAUGAAGAAAGAAAUAUAUUAAUCAACGAGGUGUCGAUAGUGAUUCACUCAGCCGCUUCGGUCAAACUAAACGAUCAUUUAAAAUUUACUCUGAACACGAAUGUUGGAGGUACGAUGAAAGUGUUGGAACUCGUUAAAGAAAUGAAAAACUUAGCGAUGUUCGUAUAUGUGUCUACAGCUUAUUCUAACACAAGUCAAAGAAUUUUAGAAGAAAAACUUUAUCCUCAGUCCCUAAAUCUAAACGAAAUACAGAAGUUCGCUGAAGAACAUUAUAUAUUAGGUAAAGACAACGAUGAAAUGAUAAAAUUUAUAGGUAACCACCCAAACACAUAUGCAUACACAAAAGCGCUGGCAGAAAACUUAGUUGCUGAAGAACACGGUGAAAUACCAACAAUUAUCAUUAGGCCUUCGAUUAUUACAGCGAGUGCUGAAGAGCCAGUGCGAGGGUUCGUGGAUAGUUGGAGUGGUGCAACUGCUAUGGCAGCAUUUGCUUUGAAGGGAUGGAACAACAUAAUGUACAGCACAGGCGAGGAGAAUAUUGAUCUGAUACCUCUAGACUAUGUUGUCAACCUUACAUUAGUAGCGAUUGCUAAAUAUAAGCCUACCAAAGAGGUCACAGUAUAUCACGUCACAACCAGCGAUCUUAAUCCCAUUUCAAUCCGAAGAAUAUUUAUAAAGCUCUCCGAAUUCGCAUCAAAAAAUCCAACGAGUAAUGCCGCACCAUUCGCAGCAACGACUUUAUUGACUAAACAGAAGCCAUUAAUAAAACUGGUCACGUUUCUCAUGCAGACCACGCCGGCUUUCCUAGCUGACUUAUGGAUGAAAACCCAGAGGAAAGAAGCCAAAUUCGUCAAGCAACAUAAUCUAGUAGUGAGAAGUCGUGAUCAACUGGAAUUCUUCACGUCUCAGUCGUGGUUGCUUCGUUGCGAGCGAGCCCGUGUGCUUAGUGCGGCACUGAGCGAUUCAGACCGCGCUGUCUUCCGCUGCGAUCCUUCCACCAUAGACUGGGACCAAUAUUUGCCAAUAUACUUCGAAGGAAUCAACAAGCAUCUGUUCAAAAAUAAAUUAUAGUCGAUUCCUAAUAGGCUUGUAAUUGAUUCCAAAAAUACUUAGAUAACAAUAACUUUAAUCAACUACAAUGAAAUAAAUGUAAAGUCGUCGUGACCUAUAGGAUAAGACGUACGGUGCAUUCGUAUAUAGCGAUGCACCGGUGUUCGAAUCCCGCAGGCGGAUACCAAUUUUUCUAAUGAAAUACGUACUUAACAAAUGUUCACGAUUGACUUCCGCGGUGAAGGAACAACAUCGUGUAAUAAAAAUCAAACCCGCAAAAUUAUAAUUUGCGUAAUUACUGGUGGUAGGACCUCUUGUGAGUCCGCACGGGUAGGUACCACCACUCCGUCUAUUUCUGCCCUGAAGCAGCAUUGCGUUUCGGUUUGAAAGGUGGGGUAGCCGUGGUAACUAUACUAUACUAUAGUAAUUCCAAAAUUCGCUGAUUUAUGUUCUAUUAGUCUGAUUUAGUUAAACCAUUUCUAUAGUUAUUACCUUUCUUGUACUGCACAGAGACACGGAAUGCUGUUUUAUUUUAAGUUUUGAGUUAUUAUAGUUUAAUAAAUACUGUCAUAUUACAUAAUUAUUUAUGUGCAAGAUGUAAUGGCCAUUUAGAUGUGAUACGUCCUUUUUACAAAAAAAAAACAUGCUAUAUGAA